AUGCGCGCUCUUACACUGAUCGUCUUUGUCCCAUUCACCCUCGGGCAGUUUGAUAUUCUACACCUAGAUCGUAUCAAUCACCCAGGGCCUUGCAACAAUGACUGCUACGCGGCGUAUGUCGCUAAGAAGCCGAUAGUAUGGAAGAACUGCCUGCCUCAGGGGAAGAUGUUGGUGCUGACUUCUGUUGUCAGACCCUCAACUACAAUGGGCCCAAUGGCCAGUCCGACUCCCGCCAACGCACGGCUGAGCUCUGAUGAGAACACUUGUGAUGAAUAUCCUUAUGCGUCUACUGUCGAGGGCGGCUCCGGAUCAGUCCUUCUAUGCACUAGCGAUGAUGAGAACAGCGCAGAGGGCUCGGACUUAAUUGCAUUCUGCAAUUCUGUCUGCGGCUUUGAACCCAGCACUUUCGAAGUUACCUUCGGAACCCCCGGUGGAGGUAGCACUCCCUAUUGUCUUGAUGGUGGUGGCGCAAACGAUGGUUACCAGUACCAGUGCCAGGGCAACGGAACUUAUCAGCUUUAUAUUAGAGGUGGGCGCAUACCGGGUCUCAGUAGCUCAAAUCAUCGUCAACGCCAAUUGCAGACUCAAACGUUACCAACGAAGGCGGAUGGGGGCUACGUCAGCCUUACCCAGCUCACUACUUCGCUCCUCAUCUCCGUCGCGAGUUCCUCUGGGGGGGAUGGCAGCCGCACCAUGCUCUCGACGCGCGAUCAGACGAGCUCUUACCAAAAUGCAACUUUCCACACUGUGCGCAAUGGCAUAGUGAUCAAGCAUCGUGCGGUCAAGGAGUUGCUCGGUUCGGAGAAAAGUCCCGAGUUGCAGCACCCGGCAUUGCGGGCCUCUAUCCGCAUCGUAGGCUCUCACAUAUUGGACAGGUAG